GUGCCAUGCGCUACCUUAGGUACAAUCUGAAGUACUCCGAGGCACUCGACGCCAUGUACACCUAUGACAACAGCCUUUUCGUCAUGUUCAUGUAUGACGACGAGGAGGGACUUUGUAGAAAGGUGUGCAACAUCAAGUCCAAACACGAGGCGUUGGAAUUCGGCCUAGCGGUGUACGACCUCGACUACGAGGACUACUACAACAACUGUUCGGCGCGUAACCUUUUCGGUGCUUUCAGUCGACUGAAAAUGGUUCGCAGAUUGUCGACUACUUUCGGACUUCGUCGGGUGGUGGCGACUGCGCAAACGACAUUCCCUGCCCCAAGCGACGUUGACGAUGCCGACCUGCGGCACAGCGUCGGCCUGACCUCGACUUGAGUUGCUUCGUAUAAAGUACAUCACAGCACGACGUGUAGAACUCGUUCGAGUCGCAUUCGUGGUCAUUUGGUAACCCCAGAUUUAUUUAUAAAGUUGUCUAUUUGUUUUCAAUUUACAAGCGCACCUUGUGUUCAUUUAUUUAUUUUCUACAUGAGGCAGUAUUCGCGCCA